AUGCACCACACAGAACUUAACUACAAAGAAAAGGCUGUGCUAACGUUGCAGUGUGCUUUCCGUCGCAUCCUGGCUUGCAGAGCAAGGGAGAAGCGCCUUAGGGAGCAGAGAGAAUAUACAGAGUUAAUGGAGCGCCUCCAGAGAGAGGCCUUCAUUGCGAUGGUGAAGAAGGAGCAGGAAGAAGCUGAACGGGAGAGACAGAAAGAGGAAGAAAAAAAGAAGCAGCAACGAGAAAUACAACAAAGGAAGAAACGGAUGCUGGAGGCGGCAUUUGAUGGGGAUGUGGAAGAGAUGAAGGCUGUGUUAAAGGAAGUGUCAGAUUUGGAUACUAAGAAUGGUGUGGGUACCGAUGAAAAAGGGAAGGCCACACGUCUCUGUAAUCACAUCAACAUGGUGGAGUGCACUGACGCUAAUGGGAACACUCCCCUUUUGGAGGCAGCAGGAGGUGGCCACCCCAGUGCUAUCAAGCUGCUGAUAGAAAAUGGAGCCAAUCCCAACUGCAAGGGAGGUUUUGGCAGGACCCCUCUUUAUCGUGCUGCUUUUGGUGGUCACAUGGCUGCAGUGGAGACGCUUCUUCAAUAUGGAGCAGACCCCAGACUUCAUGCUGAUGAUGGCAACACGCCUGAACAAAUUGCUUCUCUGGACAGCUUGGUUGCCAUUCUGCACUCCUGGGACAUCAGCCUGACCGAGUUGAUGCUACAGAAGAUGGAGGCAGAACAGCAAAGAAGAGUCUUGUUGGAAAAGAAGCAGAAAGAAGCUGAGACUCACCGAAUGAGCGAGGAGGUGGAGCAGCUGGCUAAAGCACAGGAGAGAUGUAACAAGGAGCUGCAGCAGGCCUACUGUGAACUGAACAGGAGAAUCACGGAGCAUGACAAGUGUCAGAGAAAGCAGAUGGUCAAUGCAGAGCUGACCCUGCAGGCAAUUGGUGAUGCAGAGACGUUGGUGGAGACUCUACGUCUGGCUGCUGAGAAAGCAGAGGAGAAACUGUCCCUGGCCAGGCUCAGGUUGCGAGAACAGACUCAGGAAGGGGUGGGGGAAGAAUUCCAAGGGCUGAAGUGCUCCAUACCAGAGCUUGAUGAUGUGCUAUUGAAGGAUGUGGGAGGCAAAAUCCAUUCAGAUGGACGAUGGCCAUUAAUCAUUGAUCCAUCUGGACAGGCUGCAGCUUACCUGCGGUAUCGAGACACAAAUUACUUGAAUACACUGAACCCAAACGAUAUGAACGUGGAGACCGUUCGACUGGCCUUGCUGGGAGCCCUCCGGUAUGGAAAGCCAGUGGUGUUUGACAUGAUGGAAGUGAAUAUGUUUGAUGCUGUGAAGAGGCAGUUGGAGGGAAUAGAGUCCGGACUGGCAGAGGCAAUUCUGAGCAAGCAGAUACUGCAGAAUGAAAGGUACCUGUCCUUAGUCAGGGCAACAGAUGGACCAGAGUAUUCACCGACUGAAUUUCAAGCAACUAGACUUGGAAACUUUAAAUUAUUUGUUAUCAUCAAACGUCACCAGCCCCCUGAGGAAUUGCUCCAAAUUCUCCUUCCAAUUCGGGUCAUUCUGGUCAAGUGCAGCCUGUAGGUAUGGGGCAACAGGCAGCAAGUGGGGUAGCAGCUGGUGUCUCAUUAAAGUGAAAUUAUAUUACAAGGCUUGUGUUUUGUAACCAAUCAUGGGCAGCACUGGGGGUCGGCUUUCUGCGUUUCUGAAGGGAAGGCCACAAAGUGCAGGGAUCAUAAUAGGGCAGAUGGGGAGGUGCCAAAUAGCUGAGCUGAACUCACCCUGCCAAUAGCUAAGACUGCAAGAUGCAAUUCUGUUCAGCAGCACUAUGGGCAAGGCCGUACAUUUGUGACUGAAGGCCUCCUUUGCAGGCUCAGCUUGUCUCCCCAGACAGUGACUCACCUUCGGUGAGAUGGUCAUUUUCUUUGAGGCAGCGAGUAGGACGAUGAGGCUUUUUCUUGCAGUCCCUGCCCUUUGCACUGUGAUACCUCAGCAGCAGGCAGGAAAUACGAAAGAAAAGUGCCUCUGCCUGACCCCUGCAAUCAUCUCCUUUCUGUUUAUGAUCCUUCCCCCCCCCCCGCUGGACUUUGUGUAGCCUGUUGUUGUUUUUUCUUUCUUUUCUACUACCGCUUUAGUGCAACUGCCGAAGGAGGCUGCAACUUGGUGCUAUUUCCAUGAGCCCCACUGAGACUGUUGUUCUCCUGCCAGCAUAGUGUAACGGGGACAGGCUGGCUGCAUCCGUCCAUGAAACACCCUCAACCCAUGCUCAGACAAGGCUAUGAAACUGAGGAGCCUUUUUAUAUCAAUAAUAGGACUUGGUGCAGUCACCUCUAUUUUGGGUCUGUAAAACUCCAGUCAGUACCAGAUCUGUGCCAGGUUGGCUGCUGGUUCGGCUCAACUGGGCUCAAGCUCAUAUGACACAUCCUGCAUUCAGUGAGCAAAGCCAUCCUGCCACAGAGAAUGCAUGCUACCGUCCCUCAAGUGCUAGCAGUGGUUUAGCUGCCCUCAUAGAAACGAGGCCUUGACAGCUUUGGGCCUUUUAACAAUACCAAUUAAAUCUGCUGCCUACAGCAAGUGCUGGAUGCAUCUGAAGCCUUGGCUACACAGCAGCUGCCACAGCCAAACUGCAGUUCCGAACAGCCAGACUUUUGAUAAAGGACCUGAGCAUGGCUAAGGGCUAAGGGCAACCAACAUGCAGACACCAAGUCCCUGAUAGUGACACUGGGUGCAGCCGGGCACAGGUCAAUGCACUGUUUAUUAAAGACUUGUGUGCGCUACGCCCUGUUAGCAACACCAUUAAGCCCAGGGGUGAAGGGUAAAGGCGGGCCGACUGUCCGCAAUGUGAUGCAGGCCAAAUGCCUAUAGGUCAAGUGGCGAGCAUCAGCGUGGAUUUGUGGCACCAUGGCAUGGAUAGUGGAAGAUUAACCAUUGAAAUGGUGGUUUGUUUGUCUUUCAUAUACGCUUAGUCAUCGCUGCUUGCCCAAGUUUUCUUCCUUGAACCUAGUUCUUCUAGCACCCAGCAGGUAACUGUUCUGCAGUGACUGUAGUGGCAGCAUGUCCCCUAUAGUCUGCUGAAAAGUGGCCAUGCUGACGUCAAGAUGACAGGUAUCCACCUGAAGCAAAAGUGAACAUACUUACUGAGGGGGCAGUUGGUGGGAUUGUUCUUACACUGCAUCACCCCAGGGUAGGGAAAGGCUGAGUUAUGGGCCAUCUGGGCCCUACUACUGCUAGGAUUCUUUUGUGGUAGCCACUAGAUGCCUUGCUGUGCAGGUUGCUUCACAAAAGCCUGGGUUGCGCAUCUAUGAGAGCCUGCCCUCUAGAGUGCGUGUGAGAGAGUGAAACAUGGUUACAUUGGCAGGUGACAUGCACAACUUGAUUUGUGAUGGGGGACAGAAUGGAGUUCAAGGAGUAUAAGAGACACAAGGAGCUCAAUCUAUGUAGUUUAACAAAGAACAGUUAAAAGAUAAUGUCAUUUGGUCAAAAUAUGUACAUGAGGAACAAGUAUUCAAUAAUGGGCUCUUCAGUCUGGCAGAGAAAGGUAUAACAUGAUCCAAUGGUGGACGUUGAAGCUAGACAAAUUCAGACUGGCAAUAAGGCGUAAUUUUCUAACAACGAGCAUAAUUAACGACUGGAACAAUUUACCCAGUUGUUUUGGUGACCACUCCAUCUCAGGCAAUUUUUAAAUCAAGACUGGAUGUUUUUCUAAAAAAUAUACUCUGGGAAUUAGUUUGGGGCCGUUCACUGACUAGCCAUGAAAUCUCUGAAAGAAGUCUCAAGAUGGGAGAGACCAUAGCAGGGCAGAUGUGAUGGAUGUUGAGGCAGAGAUACUGAAGAUUUGGCUUUCUCUAGAUUUGAAAGUA